GAGGGGAUUUGUGAUUGUUUUCUGUUGUGCUUCCACUGCUUCCGUCGUUGCUUCCGUUGCUUCCGUCUUUGCAACAUUGAAACUCGGUUACAGGAGCAGAGGAUCUACAAGCUUUUGUUAUGUUUGCUUAACAAAAUACUUAAUUGAAAUAUGGACCGAUUGACUGUUAUAUCUGGAGCGCUCUUCGUAGCUGCCGACGUAUUUGCCAUAAUAAGCCUGGCGAUGCCCGACUGGAUUGUCACAGAAGUUGGAGGUGACACCAAGCUGGGCCUGAUGUGGACCUGCAUGACCCUUUAUAACCGGCCACAGGUUUGCUUCACUCCUGACCUGCAGAUUGAAUGGCUGAUCGCGCUGAUUUGCAUCUUUGUGGGCUGCGUUUGUGUUACGACAACUAUCAUAUUGCUGGUGGCAUCCCAUUGGGACCGAAACGUCAUUCCCUAUGCUCGCUGGGUUGGAUUUACAGCUAUGGUGCUUUUCUCGUUAGCUGCAGUAAUAUUCCCCCUCGGCUUUCAUGUUGAUGAAAUUGGAGGGCAACCUUAUCAACUGCCGAACAGCUACCACGUUGGAUUGUCAUACAUUUUCUUUGUGCUGGCUUUGUGGAUCACCGUAAUAUCAGAACUUUUUGCUGGAAAAGUAUGCCUUCCACAUUUUUAAAUAUAUCCCACCACAUUCCUAAUUUCAUAACCGUUUCUAUAGACUGAUUUGUUUUAAUACAAAGUUAAAAAUAUUAUUCAAGGACAAAUAUUGUCUAUUUGAUCUGACCUACAAUAAUGUAAUUUUGCCAUUCAGAAAUGCAAGCCAUGUAAUUUUAUUGUGCUACCUUUGUAAAUUUUUAAUUUCUAACAAGGAUGAACAACAUUGUGCCAAAUGUUAAUAUCCUUUUUGCCACACAAAAUAAUCCAUUUACCAGGAUCUCAUUGUCAAACCUAUCUUUUAAUUCUGUUAGUGUUUAAAUAUUAAAAUAAUUAUGUAUUUCAAAUAAAUACAUACAUACCUCAA